AAAGUCAAGUCAGGCCUGGACAUACUGAGGAUUUUGUCGACAAUGGCAGCACCGUGGUCGUCCCGUCCGACCCUCACACACACACACACACACACAAGGCAAGAUGAAGCUCAGACUGCAGCACGUCCUGUUGGUCAUUUUGCUGGCAUCUGAAGGUCUUCGAGUUAACGCACAGGAGGAACAAGAGAUCUCUGAGACAUGGACAGGAAAGGCGUGCAAGUGCGACUGCCAGGGGGAAGCGCCCACUGAUAUUACCAUCACCUCGUACGGGAGCAGCUCGCCUGGCUCCCGCGACUGCAUGCCAGAAUGUCCCUACCACAAGCCCAUGGGCUUUGAGGCUGGGGCCAUGUCACCGGACCAAGUUAGCUGCCCCAACGAGGACCAGUACACGGGCUGGUUCUCCUCCUGGACCGCCAGCAAGGCCAGACUCAACAGCCAAGGGUUCGGGUGUGCAUGGCUGGCCAAGUAUCAGGACACCAACCAGUGGCUGCAGAUCGACCUGAAGGAGGUGAAGGUGGUGUCGGGCAUCCUGACUCAGGGCCGCUGCGACGCCGACGAGUGGAUCACCAAGUACAGCCUCCAGUACCGCACCGACCCCAGCCUCAACUGGGUCUACUACAAGGACGGGGCUGGACAGAACCGGGUGUUCUACGGCAACUCGGACCGCACGUCCACGGUGCAGAACCUGCUGCGCCCGCCCAUCGUGGCGCGCUACAUCCGCCUGCUGCCCCUGGGCUGGAACACGCGCAUCGCCCUGCGCAUGGAGCUGCUGCUGUGCAUGAGCAGGUGCACUUGAGGCCCACCGUCCGUCCUCCGUCCUCACCCCCAGGCCCACCUAGCAGUCCACACACGGGCCCUCCCUCCUCACCCCCAGGCCCACCUAGCAGUCCACACACGGGCCCUCC